AUGUACAACAAUCCCAUUCUUCCUGGGUUUAACCCUGACCCCUCUAUCAUCCGUGUGAACAAUGACUUUUUCCUCGUGACGUCUUCCUUUGAAUAUUUCCCAGCUAGCCCAAUAUACCAUAGCCGCGACCUGAUAGACUGGACCCUGGUCGGCCACGCACUAACCAGGCGCAGUCAAAUACACAUCCAGACCCCCGAGCCCGGCGGUGGAGUUUGGGCGACCACCCUGCGAUAUCAUGACGGUGUCUACUACAUCAUUGCUGCCAGUUUCGAGCGCUAUCGCCCGCAGGACGACGACAGGGUUUGGCCAAGGGGCUUCUAUGUGAAAACCGAGAACAUCUGGGAUUCGGACUCUUGGUCGGACCCGAUAUUUUUCGAUCAGGUUGGAUUUGAUCAGGAUUUAUUCUGGGACGAUGACGGCACUGCCUACCUUUCGUCGACGUAUCGCAAAUUGAACCGCACACCCGGUGCGAAUUUGAAAGACUUCGCUAUCCAUAUAGUCACCAUCGAUCUCCCCAGCGGUGCUUCCACUUCCGAGCCGAAGCUUAUCCGCGAAUCCACCUCUGGCGUCGCAGAGGGGUCGCACAUCUUCAAACGGGGAAAAUAUUACUACCUCUUCACCGCUGAAGGCGGCACGGAAAGCGGACAUUGCGAAUGGGUGAGUCGCAGUGCGACGGGCCCAUUUGGUCCAUGGGAUGUCGGUCCAAAUAACCCACUCUGGAGAAAUGGAGUCACCGACGAAGUGCAAAAUACCGGUCAUGCGGAUUUGGUAGAAGAUGCGCGGGGAAGAUGGUGGGCUGUUUUGCUGGGUGUUCGACCUGUGAAAAGGGAUGGGUACUGGGAAGAGUCGGUCUUCGGACGUGAAACCUUCCUCAUACCCGUCGAAUGGAGGGACGAUUGGCCAAUCUUCAACGGGGGCAAGAAGAUCUCGCUUCAAUGCGAGAGCCCGCACCUCUACGAGUAUCAACCUCCAGCAUCAUGGAGAGACGACUUUUCAAGCCCUGACUUACAGCUAGGCUGGUACCGCAAGAAUACACCCGUCAGAACCGACUAUUCGCUCACGGAACGACCGAACCAUCUCCGUCUGCAUGGUGGGCCAUACAAUCUUUCUGUCCCCACCUGUCCAACCCUACUUCUCAGAAAGCAAACGCACCGCUACUGUACUUGGGAGACACGCCUAUCAUUCCUUCCGAACUCAGCACAUACAGAAGCCGGAACCGUUGUUUGGUGGAACUACUUCACCUACAGCAGUCUAGGGAUCCGACUCUCCCCUACAAAGGAAGGUGCACGGGUUGUGCGAUUUCGACCGGCAGAAGGAAAGGUCAUUGAUCGAGAACUUCAAAGUGUGGAAUCGGAUAUUGUACUUAUCAUUGAAUGCGGUAAUCAGUACAGGUUUGGAUUUCAAGAAGUGGGUGGUGACGAUGUCAAAACCCAAUGGAUAGGUGAGGUAAAGAACAGCACGAUGACCCAGUCACCGCCAGUUGGUGCACCCUUCACGGGGAUGCUGCUCGGGUUAUAUGCUUUUGGAGAGCGUCAGCGUUGCUUAGCUCCAGCGGACUUUGCAUAUGCUGAGUUUAGAUGAUCGGAUUGUUUAUGCGGUGUCUGCUAGGUCUCCUGUAGUCUGGAGGAUUGUGACCCUACUUCGAUAACACUACCUCGAAUUCAUCCUUAGUCGCGGUUUAGCGUAAAGGCGAACUGGUAUGUUUCUGGAAUCAGCGCUACAGGUGCGAGGAGCCCUCCCGGCGAGCUUAAAUGCCGUUCAAUAGUAACAAAUUCGGAAAAAACAUUGCUCGCAACGGAACGCAGAUUUGGCAGAUUGCCCAUGAGUCCCUGCGCGAGCUGCAUAUAACUAGUCGAACUGGUCAACUGCGACGUGAGUCUCUGCAAUACAGUAAGCUUGAAGAGCCUUAUCCAUAGAUAAGCUGGGCCUACCUGGACUUUUCCAUCGA